GGCAACCCCCGUGAGCCGCCCUUGCCCCAACCUCACGGCCGCUCGCAACACACGCACUGACGGAUCCCUUUCCCACUCGAACGUGGCGCGCCGGUGCUGCCGCCCUUUCCUGCGAGGUAAAAAAGACCGCGAAAGAGAGGCAUUGCAGCGAGUUGUAUGAGAAAGGGAAAGAGUUCCCCGAGCUGGCGCUACCGGUUUGGCAGCUCGCGCGGCGGCCGGUGUCGGGACUUGGCUUGAAUCGUUGUGGCGCGCGCCGCGCGCUGCACUUCCAGUUAGUCCCGAGCGUAGAAGUCGGAGACGUCGCGUGGUCUCGCUCCUUCCUCUCGUCGCCGCCUUCGUCUUGUUGUUCGGUGUGGUGUGCCGACCCCACCUCCCCCCCCUCCAAACCACCUCAAGACACCGCCAACGAAACUUCAAAUCUUCGAGCGAUGGCCUUACGAUCGCUCGCGCGCUGCGGUGCUGGAUGACAAACACGCGCGAACGGCGGUGGUGGACUCUUUCGGCUGAAGGUGCGCGCCGUUUCGGAUCCUACGAUAACACGGCGAGGACGACGAGCAAGCGGAACUGAAGACACGCACGUGCGUGAUCCAGAUCGGGACCUCCGAUUGGUCCCGGGUGUUGUCGACCCGACGGUCUUCAGCGGCAUUGUGUGUGCGUGAUUUUGUAAGAAAAAAAGGGAGCGUGCUAGUUUUGUUCGGAGCGUUUCAGUUUCGUCCCAGAAGAGAGGCAAGAAGGAAGUGAGGGCUGGGAGGCCGUACCACGCAUCAACGCAAGAUUGGCGAGAAGGCGACAGUGUUCUGCAUCUACGGAAAAGAAAGCGUGGCCGCUGGCGGAUCUGUGUCAUCUUGGAUAGGAAAACGCGCUGUUCUUCAACGCGGUGCGAAGCAGUCUUUCGUUGUUAGAACCACUGAUUUCACUUUCUUCCCCAUCGGAGUGUCAUCGUCUGCUACACGCUGUUCGGGUCUGGAAAAUCAACCCGACGCUGGAUUCGACGGACGCUGGUGGCCAGUGAAGGUUAUUCCGACGAAGCGGAAAGAACCCCGAAGUCCGACACAUCGUUCGCUGCUAGGAAUCACGUUUUCAUUUCAAGUGCUGCGGCAGCGUAAAUAAGACGCGUGUUUCGCUAAUCGUUGUCAUCGAUACGAUCUUCAGUGCUGUGUUCCGUGGUAGUGCCGGGCGCGUUGUGUCUUUUCGCAGCCCAGCCGAUGUCACGCCGUUUCGAAGGCCAGCCGCAUCGUUCGAGCCACAGGGUAGCAACCGUCUCUGCAUUCCUCUAGCAUGCGGUGGCGGCUUGUCGCCGCAAGCCGGACCAAACUCGUUGAAAGUGCCCACCACCGGACACACGACAAACUAAACUCCGUCGGCUUCAUUUCCCGGCGAUGAGGCGACGGUUGGCCAUCGCAACGAUGGACCGUCCAUCGGUGACAACGUUGCCCGGAUUACUGCUGCUAGCAGCUUCGCUGGUUCAGGUGGGUGGAGUGAGCCAGCUGACGCUGCACCUGCCCAGCGAGUACACCAGUCUACCUGGGGGCGAGCUGCGCGUCGACUACUCGCCGCCCGUCGGCGACCCUGGGCCGAACUUCACGUUCCCGGCCACGGACUCCGUAGAGGGCGUGCCCAUCGACGGCGUGCUGCCUGGCACGGACUACAACUUCCAGCUCUACCUCAGCAACGGCACAGUGAACAACCAUCGGCUAUGGUCGAGUGUCAUCGAAACUGAGCCUGACCCGCCCACCAACCUGUCCAUCAAAAUUGACACGGGCAAAGUGGCCCACGUCUACUGGCAGCCACCGGCCGAAGGCAAGAUCACGGGAUACCGGCUCGCCAUUUCCCCCCUCUCCGACCAGGACGAGGCGCCCGAGCGCAGUGUACACCUGAACGACGAAAACCCUCCGUACACGCUCAGGGACCUCACCCCAGGAGGAACCUACCAGCUGCAACUGUUCAGCGUCUACAAGUCCCGCGAGUCCCAGCAGUCCGCCGCGUCAAACUUCACCACAAAACCCAAUGCCCCGGGCCGCUUCAUUGUGUGGUUCCGAAAUGAAACCACGCUCUUGGUGCUGUGGCAGCCACCUUACCCUUCCGGCAUCUUCGAUCAGUAUUUGGUGAGCAUCACACCGGAGGAUGCGUCUCAGUCCAUCCUCUACGUCGACAAGGAGGGUGAGCCACCUGGUCCGGCGCAAGCCCCCUUUUAUGGCCUCGUUCCUGGUCGUGCGUACAACAUCUCGGUGCAGACCAUCAGCCAGACGCAGAUCAGCGCACCGACAGAGGCGCAGUACCGAACCGUUCCCCUCCCACCAUCCAACGUGACCUUCAACAAGGAGAAGGUGACCUCCCGGUCGUUCGAAGUGUCCUGGUCCCCUCCAAAGUCGUUCUCCGAGUUCGACCGCUACCAGGUAGCCUUGAGCAUGCAGCACUCACUUAGGCAGAUUGUGGGCAGGGAUGAAGAGCGCGUGGCCAUCUUCGACCAAGACCUGGAACCCGGCCGCACGUACGAGGUCAUGGUGAAAACGGUCAGCGGCAACGUGGCCAGCUGGCCAGUCAUGGGAAACGUCACCACACAUCCUUUGUCUGUGGAGGACUUGAAUGCAACCUAUGGUGACGCGGGGGAAAUCCUGGUUCGCUGGAAACCCAAUAAUGCAAGCCUUCAGGAUGCCUACAUGGUUCGUUACAAUGAACUGGAAUCCUUCAACAGCGACAGCCUGGAGACAGUGAAGAACAAUUCGGUGUUGCUGAAAGGCCUUCUGCAAGGCCGUAACUACUCCAUCAGCGUUGUCGCUGUCAGCAAGGGUGUAGCAAGCAAGCCAGUGUUCACGUACCAAUCGACACGUCCGGCGUCGCCAGUAAUCGAGGCGCUGGAGCCGGUUGGACAGCACAUGAACGUUUCGUGGAAGUCUGACGUGACAAGCCGGCAGGACUCAUUCGCAGUCGUCUAUGUGCGCAACGACACCGGAGAGCGCCGUCAGGAGGACACGCGCCAGAACUGGCUCCUGCUCAACAACCUGUACCCCGGCGCCAGCUACCAGAUCCGCGUGUACGCCGUGAGCCACGGCCUCUGGUCCGAGCCGCACUCCUACUACCAGACAGUCGCCCCAAGGCCUCCACAAAACCUGCAAAUAGUCAAGGCUAGCAACUCGACCGUAAUACUCACGUGGAAUGCCCCAGCGAACUCCUUGGUUGACCAUUAUGCUGUUCGAUACCGCCCUAUUGAAUCAACAUACUGGAGGGAAUUCGGUGUUGUCAACUCAACGUCAGCUGAAAUCGAUGACUUGAUCGCUGGAGAACGAUAUGUAGUUCGCGUGGCUACAGUCAGCAACAAAGUGGAAAGCACUGACGCCCAAGACGUGGAGCAAACGCUGUAUCCCAACUCUAUCAAACACGUAACUCACUUCCUUGACUCCCAGAACAUCACCUUUGAGUGGACGGCACCUCCGGGACGCGUCGAUUACUACAUCAUUGUUUAUAACCCUCUUAACGACCAGAAGCAGCAGAAAUCGCAGCAGGUUCCAGCUAAUAUAACACGUCCAGGGGACAACGUAAAUGUCGUGAUAGAAAACCUGAAGCCAGGAGAGUUGUACUCCUUCCGCCUUUACGCCGUCAGCCAUGAUGUCAGAAGUGAAGGUUUCGGCGUCCAGACUAGAACCAUGCCUGUCAUUGACUCUGUCAUUAACAUUGUUGCCGACGAACAUGAGACUCGAACACUGGGCAUCAAGUACACGCCGACGCCUCAGCGUCACGUGGUCUUUGACCGGUACCGGUUCCAGCUUAGCGAUACCGGUAUACCGGCGCAGGAAAAGCUCUCGAAUGACACCAACCGGCUGGUACUGUUCGACCAUCUUGUUCCUGGAAGACUCUACAACAUCAGCAUUUGGACAAUCAGCGGCGGAGUCUACAGCGUGCCCAUCUACCGACACACCAGGCUGUUCCCGGACCCGGUAAAGGAGAUCAAGGCGCUGACGGUGACAGACACGGCCAUCUCGCUGGUCUGGGAAAGCGCCACGGGCGACCGCGACGGCUACGAGGUGCAGUACCUGGACCACCGGGGUGUGCUCGUGCAGAACUUCACCCUUGGCGAGCGUAUCUCGUACGAGCACCUGCGUCCCCACCACAACUACACCUUCGUGGUGGCCGUCAUGAGCGGGUACGACACGUCCACCGUGCGCCGCAGUCUGCCCAUGUCCCGCACCUUCCAGACCCUCGAGUCCGUGCCAGGGAAGGUCCAGAACUUUCAACCAUUCGAGCUUAAACCGAGCGAAAUCGUGCUGCAGUGGUCGCUUCCAUCCAGCGAACAGAACGGCGUGCUGACGGGCUUCAAAAUCACCUACUACAUGAAGGGUUCCUUGACCUAUCGCCACAAACUCUUUGAACCAACUGAAACAAAAGGAGUCAUCUCAAACCUUAUUCCUGGACGAACCUACGUCUUCGAGAUUCAAGCACACACGAAAAUUGGCCCCGGUGGAAAAGGGAGAUGGGAAGAGACAAUGCCUAUCUGGGCCCCACCAAAGCCCAGUGACUCUGUCUUCCCGAAGUCGGUGGCCCACACGACGGCGACGAUCCGGGUCAGCUUCCGCAAGAACUUCUUUGCCAAUAGCCACGGUCCGAUUCACGCAUACACGCUCAUCGUGGCCGAAGACGUUUCGAAGGAUGCGACCAGUGCGAACCUGCCAACGUGGUCAGAAGUGCAGAGCUUCCAUAGUUGGCCUCCAUACCAGGUGACAGAGCCCUACUACCCAUUCAAUGGCACUCUCACCGAGGACUUCGUGAUUGGCUCCGAAGACUGCAAGGGAGACAAGGGUUACUGCAAUGGACCCUUAAAACCUGGCUCGACCUACAGGGUCAAAGUGCGGGCCUAUACCGCACCGGACAAGUUCACUGACACUGUCUACUCGUACCCUAUCCAGACAGAUCCAGACAACACUCCCCUGAUUGUUGGCAUCCUAGUCCCCCUCUCCUUGUUGGUUAUACUCGCCAUCUUGCUAGUUUUCCUGAGGCGCCGGCGUCUAGGACCUUUUGCACCCCACUCCAGAGGCGACCCCCAUUCCAAGGACCAUGACAUUGUCUCCAUAGCUGAAAGCGAAAUGGUAACCAGUCGUCCCGUGAAACUCAAGGACUUCCUCGAGCACUACCGCAUCAUGUCGGCAGACUCGGAUUUCCGGUUCUCCGAGGAGUUCGAGCUUCUCAAGCACGUCGGCCGAGACAAGCCGUGUGGUGCAGCCGACUUACCGGUGAACCGGCCCAAAAACCGGUUCACGAACAUCCUGCCGUACGACCACUCGCGCGUCAAACUGCUCCCCACUGAUGACGAGGAUGGUUCGGACUACAUCAAUGCCAACUACAUUCCAGGCUUCAACUCUCCCCGUGAGUUCAUCGUGACCCAGGGCCCACUCCACAGCACGCGUGACGACAUGUGGCGCAUGGUCUGGGAACAGAACUGCCGUGCCAUUAUCAUGCUGACACGCUGCAUAGAGAAAGGGCGUGAAAAGUGCGACCACUACUGGCCUUUCGACACUCAGCCCGUCUACUACGGCGACAUCCAGGUCACCAUUCUCAAUGAGUCGCAAUACUCCGACUGGACCAUCUCGGAAUUCAAGGUUUCCCGGGGAGACCAAUCCCGAAUAGUCAGGCACUUUCACUUCACGACGUGGCCGGACUUCGGAGUGCCUGAUCCGCCGCAAACGCUGGUGAAAUUUGUCCGAGCAUUCAGGGAGAGGGUCAUCCCUGACACCAAGCCCAUCGUUGUCCACUGCAGUGCUGGUGUCGGUCGUUCUGGCACGUUUAUUGCGCUCGACCGAAUCCUACAAGGCCUGCGUAAGUACGACACGGUGGACAUCUUCGGAAUUGUCUACGAGAUGCGUCGCGAGCGGGUCUGGAUGGUCCAGAAUGAGCAACAGUACAUCUGCAUCCAUCAGUGCCUGAUGUGCGUUCUUGAAGGAAAAGAAGACGUUUUAGACUCUCCAAGACCUGAAGCGCAUGACAACCAAGGUUUUGAGGAUGACGAAGGGAUAGCCGAAUCUGGAAUAUGACAUUAAAGUGCCCCACUAGGAUGCCCACAAAGCGACUUGUUCGUGCGAUCUACGCAAGCCAAGACGUCGUCUCCUCGUAGACUUCACUUACUUCCUGGCCUAUAGACCCUUGGCUGCCACGUUGCAGUCUACUCGGGAGCAAUAACGACCACUCUGUCAUCCUCCCCUUUUUAUUCCUUAAGACGUGUUCAUUAGUAUCCAAGCCAAGGAAAUAGCCAAACAGUACAGUGUGUGGAACAGACAACAAAGAAUCACGUGGUUUCCACAGUGCUGUGGCCUGGAGGUGACGUCGAAGAAGAAAGAAGAAAAAAACGCUUCGCAACCUUCAAGGCGGACCUUUUUGUGCGUGUGUUCAAGUGUGUGCGUGUAAAUACAACGAGUAAUUUAUCGCUAAACUUUAUCUCAGAUGUGCCAGAACUUUGCGUGCAUAACAGUAUUGUGACGGGGACCCUGCGUGAAUUUUGAAGGCAAAUGGAAACUCGGAAGGUUACGUGGACAUAUACUCAGUGCUUCUAACAGUUUUUCUUCUAAAAACAUUCACACUUUUCGAAGUGCUGUUCAGUUCAGCGUUCAAGAUUGUGAGAAGGAAAUAGUACAAUGAUGACAGAUGACAAAUGUUAUCCUCAUUAGUAUACUACGAUACCAACUGCAUUUGCCAAAAUCUUUGUUGCUUCCUUAAGACAAUUACAUGUGCACAUGUGUAUAACACAAUGCUGUUUUGGCACAAUGAAUUAAGCUGAAUGUUUGAGAAUUGUGUUCAUUAUAAGUAUUAUAACUUAUGAGUCUCUCUGGUGAGUGGUACUACAUUCUAAGGUAUUGUGUGUUUAUGCAUAGCUUUUCAAUAGCCCUAAUUGGAGCCAUUGUUUAUAGAGCAACAUUAACUUCUUGCAUAAUUAGAGAUUAAUCGCAGAGCUUCACUGAGGUUUUUUGAAAUGCAGGGCAUUUGACUACAGCUACUAAUCAUAUUCUUUGUGUGGCUUUGUAAAGCUGAAAUGAGCUUAAGUUUCCCACAAACACAUAACUUCACCAUAGGCUGUUAUUCUGUGACAUUUUUCAGGUAUUAAUGGCUACGAUGUUACAACGUACAGUGUGUCUUAAGUGAUUCACUGCACAGCUUAAAGAAUUAAACUGUGCAUGACAAUGACAGCACCUAAUAGAAAACUAAAAAGAAAGGGUGGCAGCAAAGCUAUUUAUAUUGGUCGAUAGGAGUUGAUCAGAUUGCAUAGCAUCUGGUUGACAACCAGACAUUGCUACCUAUGCCUGCUCUUGCUUGAUGCUUAUUGCAUGCAGCAUCUCUUUACUGAAGGCCUUGUUUUAUCUUGAUUUAAAAUCGUGCUCUGAUAAGUGUCUCUUUUCAUAAAGCACAAUGAUCAACUAACGACAAUGACAAGCAGCGAACGAUAUCAAUAAUGUUGCAGCAUUCUCUCGCAGUUAAGAUAUGUUCUCGGCCUUACAGAAUAUUUGUGUUACUUUUCAGUACAGGGUGUUCUAGCCAUCCGAUACCAGCUCGUGGGCUGUUACGAGUUUUUUGGCAUCUUGUACAGACUUGGUCUUUGCCUAUCACACCAUUUCAGGCUUGUCUUGUAGUGUGAUAAGCAGGCAACAGGUUAGUAGUUGAGGAUACACUCUGUGCGACCUCGAGUAAUAAUUUAGGGGCGGUAAACUCACUGUUUUACUAUACAGUGCUCUUCAUGAUGCCACCUUCACAAAUCAUGUACAUUGACAUAUCAAGAAUGCAUAAUGAGCUUAUCUAACUUCCAUAGUAGACAUCUAUGAAUCUGAUAGGCAAGCUGUUGGAAAUGCCAUAUUUACACGUGCAUAACCCAGCCUUGUAUAUAGUCCUGCGCCCUUAUGGCAACUACUGAAGAAAAAAAAAUACUCUUUUAAACCUACGCAAGUUUGAUUUCAGCAACAAUAAUUCAAAUUCAGCAACAUUUAAAUUAAAAAAAGAGCAAUAUAGCAUGACUGUAAGCAAGAAACACAACUCCAGAACAAAGCCUUCUCUUUUAUGGCCUGCACUCUAUCACUGUACUUUCACAGCUUCUUUCUGAUAAAAUUUGUUGCAGCUUCAAGGCAUUUCAGGUAACUUUUGAACACAAAUUUUUGCUUCAUUUGUAACUUCAAGACAAAACAAUUAUUUUUAAGUGCAGCUUCACGGCAAGACAUACUUCUUAUUGCCGUGAAGCUGCCACUUAAAGGUGAAUUUUUUUAGUAACUUACACACCACUUCGUUCUCAAACUUUUUAGGCUUUUAGUCGAAGUUAUACAUGGGAAAGUGUAAAUUGAGUCAUUGCAUUUAUUUUAAUGUUUAUUAAUAAAAGCAAUGAUGGCAGCAACAAACGGAAUAGCAAACAGCAGGCUUAUACAAAGUGCAGAGUACAAGUGCAGAACUAGACCCAAUGCAGUGAAAGAUGCCCUAGGGUCUCGUUGCUUGUGCAUUAGAGUGCUUGAUAUGUAAACCACAUAUAUAAUACGUCUGCAUUCAGUUCUGGUAGCUAAUCAAAAAACCCGCAGUAGCAAGUUGUCUAUCAACUUUUAUUAAUUGCUGUAUGUAUUUUAGUGAUAGACUUGAGCAAGGCAUUGCUGGUCAUAGUAUGGUUAUUAAUACAGUGUGUAGUGAAGUUUCUGCCCCUUCACUGCAUUUGGAUUUGAUAGUAAAACUAUCAGUAUAUUUUUAACGAAAACUGAUAAAUACUAAAGUAGCUUGGGCGAAGUAAAACCAUUGUCACAAUGUAGUGAUGGUGGACAAUAGACUUGCCAAAAGUGCUAGUUACGAAUUCAACUCUUCAUUGGGCAAAAGACUGUUUUUCUUUGGCUAGCCACUGUUAUAAUAUUGUGCCGUUAAAGUUGAAAAGCUAACACUAUUGUGUAACACUGGCUGACACAUCUGAGUUGCUGUGCUGAAUAUACAGCUGGCCUAAUCUUUGAGCCUUGACAGAUGCAGCAGCAAUCGGCAUUAUUUGUGUGUCUCAUAUUAAUGUCUGCCUUGGAACUGUUGCUGCUGCCACUCUGGUUUAUCUGUGCCCAUCUUCAGGUUGCAAUUUGCAUUUGAAUUAAGUGUAAUUAUUGCAUCUAUAGACCAAUCUAUUUCCUGAGCAACUUGUUUUCUUUGUGCCCAUUAUGAGGUUCAUGGUUUCUGCACAGGCUCAAAACCACCAAUGUAGAUUAAAGAUGCUAUUUCUUUCAUUCAACAUCCCAAGUAGCACGGUAUGUGGGGCCAAUGUAGGCACCGACAUCGGGCCAUCACUGGCCCAGCGUUGCUGUCAUGCCUGCAGUGGGUAUAUUGAUUGUACAGUGGCAUUGUUGUAACAACAUUGGCCCAGCAUGGGGCCGACACUGACCUGCGCUAUGAGUACUACUUGGGUUAUUUUCCUUCGUUCUUAAGGAAUAUUGAACUUUAUCUUCUCAUGUCCAAGAGCCACAACCCUUGUUAAGGAAGGGAAGCAGUGAGAGAGCAAAAAAAUGGCUUGUAGACCAUGAUGUCAUGUUCAUGUAUAUAAUGUUAAUAGUCCAGCCCCUAUUAAUUAUCUAUGUACCGUAGGGCCACGGGCACAGUUGUUCACUAUGUAUGUGCCUUUUCUGUUUGGCCUUCGAGAAUCGCUGCAUUCCUUUCUGAAAUGUACAAAAAUAUUGCGUUCCACUUGUAUUUUUUGUUCGCAAGCCAAGCUUUCUCGCUUUUCAUUUAAAUUUCAGCUCUUGCUUUAUCUCAGUUUUGCUCUUCGUUUGCCUAGUACUUUAGGUUAGCAUUUUCUCUGUAAUUUAUGGCAUGUUCUUACAUAGGUUCUAAUUUAGAGUAGGUCAGGUGUGGCACUUGUAUUACAGAGAACGGGUCAGGAGAAAGUUUUUUAGAGGUCCAAGUGAACAUUAAAACAGGAACAUAGCCGAUAUUCUGUUUCCUUAAGUUCUAGCAAUGUUGUACAUACCUAGUGUCAGCCUGUCUUAAGGAAAAGGUAACAGAGGUCAUGCAGAGUUCACACGUUUGCUGCAUGCAACUGACUAUGCACUGUGGCAUCAGUGUAGCAUAUCGAGUCAUCCUGAAGUUGUUAGAUUCUAUCGCACAUACACUUGCACUUGUUACCGGCAGAUAUUGUGGCGAUACGAGGCAACAAUAACAACCACAUUCGACUCUCUAUAGUUUCAACUCGUAUGCAUUACAAUUUUAGUUAAUUUGUACUGAUAACUAGUUUCUGGUUAGCUGUCUACCUCUUCAUUUUGAAAAGUUGCAUGAUUCGAAUACAGCCAACGGUAAAGUCAAACUCCUUGCUUCCCAGGGCUGAGCAGUGUCACCAAAAACAGCUUAUGAAGGGCCAUCCAUAAGGCGUGAAGUGAGAGCAUGGACAUAUUUCAAAUGUCAUUCUAUGCAUAAAUUAGCAGGCAGGUAGACUCCAAUUGGAGCUUAUAUUGGACCUUAUAAUGCUCUGUUGACUCCGUUCAGUGAGUCGGUCAUUGGAGCAUAGUACGUGGACGCUUCCGUGACCCAGUGGAACUCAGAAAUGCCCUGUUGCUUACACAUGUACAGCAAGGCACCGUUCUUGGGGGGAACACUUAUUUGUAAAAAAGCCAAUAUAGCCUAAACACUUGUACUUUAAUAACAGAAAAAUAUAAGAUUGAAUGCAAUAAAAAAUAGUCUACAGGCUUUCAUGCCAUAGUUCAGCUGUAGUUGGUAUUCAAAUAUGAAAUGGGUGUUCCCUUUAACAAUGGAUUACACUGUACAUUGUUUUGUGGGCAUAUCUGUUCAGGUGAUGACACAUAAUUCAGUUUAUGGCCACUUUCUAUUCAAGUUCAUAUAUUUCUAACUAAAAUCCGUGGUUCCUAGGAGUUUUAAUUAAUGUGUGAGUCGACUGUAUAUACAUAUUGAGUGGGACUAUCCUACUGAAGUUGACUUAUUGUCUUCCAAUUAAAAACUGAACACCACUGUUUAUUCUACACAUGUUAUAAGCUCAUUUGCAAUGUUGCCAAGUGACGAUAGUAUAGGUAAACUUAGAGGUAGGAGUAGGUCUUAAAAGGUACGCAAUUUAUUAAAUAUGCAGAUUUUCCUUGGAGCCGUUCACGUCUCUGUACUGAGGCUGGGUAUAAUUCGUAGCUGUAGUGUCUAAAAUAAUGUCAAAAUGUGAGUGCUUAGAGAGGUGGUAAGUGCGUAUCUAUAGAAAAUAGUUGUGUUCAAAUGUUCAUUCUCAAAGCACCCAAUUAGAAUGUCGUAGGCGCCAAAGUUAGCGAGAACUUUUUAGACACGUCCGAGAGCUCCGACAAUAUCUUUGUACUGCUAUUUAUGAGAGAGAGCUUGCUUAAGAACUUGAGAUAUGUAGAAUAAAACUGCAGAAAAAUUUAGUGCAAACCUUAUUACAGCAUUUUUUUUCUGAACACACUGAUAUGCGAAUUUUUUAUAGUUGGAUUUGAAGUGUUCAUACAAAACUGUCAUUAUCGUAAUGAUUGCCCGCUGUUUUCUAGUGCUGAAUGUGCAUUUGUGGUAUUUUGGAGGAUUGUCAUUGUGCGUUCCUGAUGCUGAUACCUAUUGUUGACCAUAAUAUUCGGGAAAUUGCGAGCGCAUUGUCAAUGCUGUCUAGCUUAUACUGAAAAUUGAUUGUUGUUAUCAAUUCAGCAGAUAAUGAAAAAGCUUUAUGAGAUGAUCCUGUUUGCUUUAAAUGAUCACGCACAGUACCUAUCUGCACAGGAUACUUUUUGCAUCACUGGCUGAUGAAUAGGAACAGGGUUUUCCAUGAGUGACAGUCUCGAGAGAUUUACCUUGAGCAGGUUUUCUGAUGAUGUCACGGAGCAAUUAAAUGAGAGCCAAUGUCAAGUGCCAACAGCAACUGUUGCUAUAACUGCUGAGAGCUCAGAAUUUUUUUCCUUUGCAAUCUGGAAACUGGACAGAGUUAUGAGGCAGUUUAUAAUAGGCUCAUGACACAGUAGUUCAUGGUAUGCUACUGCAUGAGUGCUGUAAUUAAUCAAUAUGAUGUAACCGUAAUACAUCUUACAGUCUUCGCUUCUCUUUGCAAUUAUAUCUGAAGGACUAUCAACUAGCAAACGGUUAUAAUCGCAUUCAGGAGUUCACCUAUGUCGCAACGAUGUGCAUUGUCAUCCUUCGCGUUUCAGAUGUAGUACUAACAGAUGUUGACUAUUUUGUUAAGUUUUAAGCCUUGUUCACAUUCAGUGCACCUUUGCCAUUCUUUGUGCAUGCUGGCUUCUUCAUUUCUUCUGUAAAUUUCACGCAGUUGACCUCUGUAUGAAGAUUUGGAUACAGCCCAUUACUAGUUGAAUACUUUGACUCGCGAAUGCUAGCAAAAGUGAUGGGAGUGAAUGCACAAUAAAAGUGAAAUACUAAGUUAGCCUACAGUAUCCUUUGCUUUGUAGGAAUCGGCAAAAAAAAAAGCCAGUAAUACGCGAGAUCGUUAAAUGUCCCAAUGAACAUCCACUGUCUGUUC